AUGGCAUCGGUCGUCUCACGUCUUCUGAAUGUUCUCAGCAAAUCCUUCGACAGUGAUGCCGACCAUGAACCGCCACCCGAUCCGGACAGUUUACUGGUUUAUGUCUGCAAUUUAGUGACAUCCCGUAGCGGCUCAUCGACUUCCACCACGUCCGCAGCAGCAGGGUUUGUGCUCAAUGAGGAACCAAUUACACUGUUCCGACUCGAGUUGGAACGGCUACAGUACAUACUACACUUUCCGGAAGAAGUCGCUUUUCAGCUGUCAUCCACGGAAUAUGAGCUGUUUCACUCCAUCCAGCCAAUGGAUUAUGUGAGAUAUGUUAGUUGCGACCUGACCUCAGUCCCUAUCGCCGACAAUCCUAGUCCUGUACGGAAUCUGGUGAAGAGGUUGAGUGAGGUUUCUUCAUGGAUAACCCAUGUAAUCGUCAGUCAACCCACUCAUGAUGAUCGUAAAAUCACCUUAGUAGCCAUAUUACGAAUUGUUGAGACGUGCUGGAACAUCGCAAACUUCAAUGCAGCCGUCGAAAUUCUCAUGGGACUGAAAAGCGAAAAGCUAAGACCAUUUUGGUUGUCGCUUUCGCAAGAAGAAAAGCAGCAAUAUGAGCAGCUGUGCGAGAUUCUACUUCCCUCAAAUCAAGCAUUACCCUCACAGGCCUAUGUAGAUGCAAUUCAACGAGCUCUACGGAUGUCUCAAUCACGGCUAAUACCGUUUUUUGGCAUAUUUUUAAGAGAUUUGUACGCUAUUGUAAAUGAUCUACCAAACAUUGUCGUUAUUGGCCACGAUGGAGAUAAGGAUAAACUUGAGUUUAUGAACGAUGCCAAUGGAGAAGAUCAUUUUUCGUCAAGAAUAGGGGUUGGAGGAUUGCUCAAUGCGGACAAGAUUAACUUGGUCGCUAUAGUGUUGGACAACCUGGAGUUGUUUCAUCGGCAUAAUAGGAAUAUGGUAAAAAUGCAUGAAGAAAGACAAAAUGCAAAUGAAUUCACUCCUGCUUCAAAAGAGGAAAAAGGCUAUGAUCCCGUUCAAUCUGUGAAUUCCACCAGCAAUGGUGUUCACUUCAUCCCGCUUGAUCCAGCAAAUUUUGAUUUGGAUGUCAUUCAGAAGUUACAACAUGGCACUACUGUCAUUCAUUAUGAUAAUGAUUCCGGUCGAAGUGUGCUAUGUGUUUUGCGAUUGGAUGCAAGUUGCGGUACUAUCUCGUGGCAUAGAAUCACCUACUGGGCUACGAAAGACUCAAAGGAGAAGGAAUUUGCUCUGUCCAAACAAGUAGUAGUACCCAUGGCUACUGGUGCUCUUGAACCCGCAAAAAUCACCAAUGCACCCAUGUAUUCGAACAGAAUGCAAGGACCCUUUUCUACGAGACUUGAAGAAGGCGAGCUAAAAUUAGUGUCAGUGAAAGAGGUCGAACCGGUGGACGAUUACGAUUUGGAUAUUGAGACCAUCUAUCGAAGGCAUUCCAUGGAAGAGAUGUCCGUACCAGUUUACUGUUGGAAGAUUAGUUUUGGUCAGCUGCUUUCCGACAGUGAAGUGCUUUAUUUCCUUGCACCCCAACAAACGGCACAAUUUUGGACCACAGGGCUACAAGAGGUUGUGCGAAGCUUACAAAAGCAACAAAAAUACCCAGAUAGAAGGAUGAUUUGGCUCAAAAAUCUCUACGUCCAACUUUAUAAGGAAAGCUCACCUGAGCCAAAUGGGCAAGGUUUAGUAGGACCACGGCCAUAUGAUGCUCUUCAAGCUUUUGGCGGGAGAAUCGAAAGGUGGAAAGGAUUUGGACUGACUCAAGCCAGUACAAGUUCAUCACGUCCCAAAGAGGCUUCUUUGACGAGCGAGCCUGGAGGAACUAAAAAUCGCUUGAAGAACUUCAGAAACGCAGUGCAAAGAAAAUUCAGAGGUGCAUCUCGAGAAGGUAGCCGGUCACAAAGUCCACAGCCACACUCCCCCUUGGUACGGCCUCCAUCAAUACGGUCGCAAAUCUCAUCGCAAUCGGGCCCUCCAGGUCCGAAUUCCCCCGGGUAUUUGUUGAAGCCGCGAGUGGACACAGCAAUGAGCGAUUGUGGGGAUGUUGAGAGUAUCUACACUCCUAGAAGUAGAACACCGACGUCCAGUUCUUAUGGAGGUCGUUCGGUUGGUGGACGAUCUACAAAGUCAUGGAGAUCGCGUGGUGGUGAAACCCCCAAUUCUGGUUCUAUUAGUAGUAGUGGACAGAUGUCAAUUCGGGUAUCUGCGUUAAGCGGGCCAUCUGGAAGGGAAUUCCAGGAAAAACCUCUGAAGCUAGUGGAUUUUGUCGAGUUGUUCCGACUUUUCAACACACGAAUGAGAAAAGAUUUGAGAGAUGUUUUUAACGACGUCUUCUCUUUAACGACCACAUCGGCUCAUUGUCAAAAGCGGGAUAAGGAACGAUUAAAUUCACGAGUACCAUCACGUUUAGUCAAUGCUCCCUACACCAACAAUCCUGACUUUCUUUCUAGUGAUUUUCUCACACGUAACACCACUAUGGCUUCCUAUCAACUGAAUGAAAAGCAAUACAAGAUCUAUAAUGCCCUAGCAAUCGCAAGUAUUACCAGCAUGGGAGGUUUGAUGGAUACUUCAAGAUCAUCAGUAUUGACACCAACAAUGUUGAAAAAUUUUGUAAAUACUCAGCAGAUGGAAAUGAUUGAUGAAGAUCUUGCAAUAAAAUUGAUACAGGAGCAUGAACCAGAUCCGCUGUGUCGGCAGAAGAAUCAGAUGUCUUUCGAGGGUUUCGUCCGAUUUCUUUGCGAUCCUGUCAACUUCGCAUUCGUUCCGGAAACAAUUCAACCGGAUGAACGAGACCUGCAACUUCCACUCCCUUACUACUUCAUUAACUCAAGUCAUAAUACCUACCUCACCGGUCAUCAACUGAAAGGGCCGAGCAGUGCGGAGAUGUAUAGAGAGGUGUUACUUGCUGGAUGUCGAUGCGUAGAACUUGAUUGCUGGGAUGGAGAUGAUGGUCUUCCCCUUAUUUAUCAUGGUCAUACUUUAGUCAGUAAGAUUGGUUUUCGACAGGUAAUCGAAGUCAUAAAGAAAUCAGCAUUUGUGACAUCGGACUUACCAGUGAUUCUUUCUAUCGAAAAUCACUGUUCUGUUCAGCAACAAGCAAAAAUGGCUCAAAUGUUCAAGACAAUUCUUGGAGAUAAACUUGUCACUAACUUCCUUUUCGAAUCGGAUUUUUCUGACUCGCCUCGACUGCCUUCACCAACCCAGCUCAAACAGAGGAUACUGAUAAAGAACAAGAAAAUGAUUGUGGAUGUUCCUUCACCAAUGCCGAGUACGGUUUAUGACCGUUCCAUUCAGCGAGGUGAAACACAGCUCAGCCUUCAUCGCAAGCAAAGCAAAAACAGUUAUGAGAGCAGUACUGUAGACGAUAUGGAGGAUGAUGACUUGGAUGAAUUCCUUGAUGAUGAAGAGAAUGAAGAAGACGAAAUCGAAGCGAUACGAUGUGACCGUGCUGCAGAGAGUCCGCAAGUCAGUAAAGGAUCAACAAAAUCCUCAGGUGCUAAGCCUGAUUCGCUCACUAAUGAGCCGAACGACCAAACAAGCAAGAAACCUGCCAGUUCAUUCAGCGGGCUCUACGACACAAAAACCGAUGAAGACGAUAUCGGUAGCUCACCGAUUGCUGCCAGUCCUGGGCUAAGGUCAGGUGCAAGGAAAGUGAAUACCGGAUUGCAAAUUGCACAGGAGCUGUCCGAUAUCGUAGUUUACAUGCAGGCUGUGAAAUUCAAGGGUUUCCCAACCGUUGAAAUAACGACAUCCACUCACUCUGCGGAAGAAGAGAUAGGUACUGCCAAUUCGUUGUGGUCUGCACGAACUCGCACGCAAACAAGUCUGCUGAGCACGCCAACACCUCCCAGAAGACAACGUAGUGCUACGCAAGUCAGUCAGGACACUUCAAUAACGGAGUCGACACUGUUUGUUGGUGCUCGUCCGAAUGUCUCAGCUAAUUGCUAUCAAGUCACUUCGCUGAAUGAGAAUGCCGCGAAGAAGUUAUUGAAAAGACAUCCGCUCAAAUGCAUUUCAUACACGAGAGACCACCUAAUUCGAACAUAUCCGUCUGCAAAGCAUUACGACUCCUCCAACUUUAAUCCAAUCAACUGCUGGGCUCAUGGUUUACAGAUGGUAGCUUUGAAUUUCCAAACACCCGAUGUUAUAAUGGCUGUGAAUCAAGCAAUGUUUGAGCAGAGCGGAAGUAGCGGUUUCCAAUUAAAGCCACGUGCUUUGUGGGAUAACACACACCCGCUCUACAAUAAAUUUAGCCCUCUCUCCAAAGAAGUUGCGAAUGUCUCCGCUUUGAUUGUGAACUUAACGGUUAUCUCGGGUCAGUAUGUAUAUCCUGGAUGUCACUCAGCAAGCGUCUAUCUUGAGAUUGAAGUUAUUGGAAUACCAACUGACUGCUUCAAAGAAAAAACCAAAAUUGUACAAAGAAAUUCCGUAAAUCCGAUAUGGAACCAUUCUACGCAAUUGCGUGUCGUCUUUGUCGACCUCGCUUUUCUACGAAUUGCUGUCUGUGAUAGCAGUCAGAACGGGCGUGUUGUUGCGCACCGGGUGGUUCCGAUCAGAUGUAUUCGACCAGGAUUUCGUCACCUUCCCCUAAGGAGUGCGUCAAAUCAACCUCUAGACAAUGCUACCAUUUUUCUCAGAACUCGCUUCGAGCAAGAGGAACACAUCUACCUGUACGAUGAUGAUUCGGCGUCGUACUGUAACAUUGAGCAUGUACUUUCUUACAGAACUGAGCUGGCACCAGAAACUCCUCCUCUUCCGAUUGUGAAGAAACAGAUCUUCGUUUUGAAAGUGACAGGCGUCUUCGCCGAGGAGACACCAAUAACUGUACAGUGUGAAAGUGACAGCACCGCGAAGACUAUCAUCCAGCAGGUGCUACUGAACGCUGGAAAGAACGUCGAUCAAGUAGAUGAGUAUGCUCUGAUCGAAGAAUCUUCACAGUCCGCAUCUGGAGAGGAGCCCGUCGAACAAAGGGUGCUUCCUUCAAAUGAACAAAUAAUGGAUGCUGUUGCAUGCUGGAACGGCUCUACUCGUCGAUUCGUUCUGCGCAAGAAAGGCAGUGAUCCGUCGUCAAGAGCUUGGAUCACUUCGAUAAUAAAGAGUGGAGCAGCAACUGGCGCUAGUUCUCCUAAUUGUGCAAGAGCUGAUGACCAAAGUGCGACUAUCCAUGGGCAUGGAGAUAAUCGUGCGGUGCAUACUGAUUCUCUAACGGAUUCGCUCUAUCUUGGCGAAGCUGGUACAAACCAUCGUGGACGCUCAAUGGGAGACACUUUUCUCGUGUGCAUCCAUAAGGUCAGCGAAGAUCAGCCUUACGCUAUUCUUCGGGCGAAUAUUCACAGCACAGCUACGGAUAUAAUCAAACAGGUAUUUGCCAAAGCUCGACGUUCAAAUUUGGAUGUCGGCGACUUCGUGCUAGUCGAAGAGAUCAGCGAGGACGCGAAAAACGCAGCAAAUGCUACUUCAGCUCGAUCAAGCACGGGAAGAAUAACGAGUCGCGUGCUAGGAGCAAAUGAAAACGUGUGGCAGGCUCAAAGCCGCUGGAGAAAUACAGGACGCUUUGUGCUAGAGAACCGUAAGGAAACGGCUUGGGAAGUCGAUAACGAUGGAUACAUCGCCAAGAUGAAUUGA